AUGUUCCUUUUUAUCUUAUUCUUGUUUCAAUUUGCUAUUUCGGAUCAGUGCUACAUAUAUUUUAAUUCAGAUAAGAAUGUUUUAAAUUAUGGCAAGUAUCCUUUUAGUCAAUGUGUUUCUUCAGGAAAAGGGUGGGAAUAUGACAGGAAUUCAAAUCCUAAAAAGUUUAGAUUUAAAUCAGAUUGUUGUGAAAAUGGGUUAUCUUAUUUGAGUAUUCUGAUCAAUGAAGCUGGCUCAACUGAAUUUACUUUUGAUUCAGACGCUUCCAUUAAACAAUUAUUUGUAAGACCUCCUAAAUUUGCAGCUGCUACAACUUUUAAACUUCAAAAUUACAAGUCAUUACUCUAUAUUAUUGUUGAAAGGGAAUACUGUUUUAGUGAUACAGCAAAUCAAGAAAACCUUUACAUUUAUGAUAGACCUGCAGUGUUUCAUACAACACUAUGUUCUAAGACUUUUCUAAUUUGGGUAACUAAAGACCGUCCAUACUUGUAUUUGUACCAAGAAAAGAAUGAUAAAGAGAAAAAAGAAAUAUGGAUAAAUGACAACAACAAUGACAACACCAAAGAAGGAUGUUGGUAUGCAUUUAAUACAAAUGGAGAACAAAAACUUCCAGAUAUUAAAUGGGGAGUUAUUAAAGAGGUAUCAAAUAUUAAUGGGUUUAGAAGAUAUGUCAUUUGUCAAGGACAAAAGUCCCAGUCUGAAGAACCACAACCUGACUCAUCAUGUAAAAUUACAACCGGGUCAACAGAUGCACAUAUUUCAUGGUUAACACUUAAUUAUCCGGAUUGUUUGUAUAAUGGGUCGUUAUACACAUUGACAGUGUCUAAUAAUUAUACUACCAUUCGUUUCUUAAAUGAUUAUGGAUUGGAAUGGAAUGACAUAUAUUUUGAGACAAGAACAAGUCCACUUGAUAUUAUCAUUUCAGAAACAAAUAUUCUUAAUGUUAGUGGUCCUUCUGUUACUCUUCCAAAUCAACCAAUACGUGUAGAUGGGUACGUCUCAUUUAACACUUUAGUACUAUCAAAUGUAGAAUCAGGAAAUCAUUAUUUUAAAGAGUUGUCAGCUGAAACAAUUGAUUAUUCUACUAUCACUACAGACACAGUGUUGUUUACAGGUAAAGAAUUAAAAUCAAACAAUGGGAAUAUCAAAAGUGUAAGUUGUGGGAAUUCUAAAAGGUUUGUUAAAUCAGAUUCUCAAAUUCAAUGUGGUUGUGUAUAUUCUGAUGGAUAUGAUGUUAGUGAUUGUUCAGAAAUAAGUUCAACAGUAGAUGCAUUAAAUAAAGAGUCAAUUGCAUUAACAAUUAAAUCAAAUUCUUUCCAAGAGUCAAAUUCUUAUUGGUAUUCAAUAAAUUAUGCACCAGAUGAUGGUCAAUUUUCUGGAACACUUAUGGCAUCUAAUUGUCAGAUUGGGGGCUCAAUAACUCUGGUUGGGAAAUUAACAUGUACUAAGCUUAUUCUUCAAUCAGACACCACUAUUGCAAUUGUGUCUUCAGGAGAAUUAAAUAUAAUAACACUGGAAACAAAUACAAACAAAAUUAGUAUCACAGCACCAAAUGAAAAUAGUCUUACCAUUAGUUCAAUCAUAACAUCAUCAGAAGUCAAUAUCAUAGGUGUUUUAAGUGAAUUAAAUAAAUUAAUAAUCAGUCAAAAUGCAAAAAUUAUACUUUCAUCUGUUAUUACAAUUGAUAGUGUUUCUGUAGAUCCAUCAACACAAACAAACACAGAUUAUACAAUUAUUAACCAAUACAAAACAACUAUUAAUGAAUUUACUUCAACAACAAAGCUUAGUCUCAAGGUUUCUAAUCUUAUAUUUGGACCAAAUGUAAAUUCAAUUUACAUUAAUAAAUUAACAACUGAUAGUCAAUUGACUUUGAGUGACUCAGUAACAACAUUAGUCAUUGAUUCGAUUGAAAUUCAAUUCGCACUACCAAGCUUCUUUAUUAUCACAGGAAAAAGUAAAAAUGAACUAAAAGUAACAAUUAACUCGGCAUCUGGUCAAGAAGAUCCUUUUUAUUUAAUGUCAUUGAAAGAAAGAAAAGUUACAUUUACUAAUUCGAUGAAAACAAUGUGUGAUGGACAAAUAGCAAUAUUUGGAACUCCUGAUGAUGAAUCAUGUGACAGAAAGGGAUAUGGAACAAAAACAUGUUAUAAGCGAGACGAAAGUCAGUAUUACUAUGAGAGUGAGUCAUCUUCAUUUUUUGAUUAUUCAUGUCCAGGACAUAUAUCUCAAUAUGUCACAUCAACGUUAUAUAUAUCAGCAUCAACAAUUACCAUUGAUAAUGAUGAAUAUUAUUCUAAUAUAUUUGUUGUUUCACCAACAACAAUAACUGUUUCAAAUUAUGAGUUACCAUUAACUCUUCAAGCAAAUGUUGUGAUUGAUGGCAAUGGGAAUUCAGUGUUGGCAAAAACAAAUGGUAAAUAUUCAAUUAUUACUAAAGGAGAAAAUAAUCAGAACUUAAUUAUUGCUGAUACAUCUUCUUGCGGAAUUACUAUUUCAUCAAAUCUAAUAGAAGUCGAUGGAAUUUGCUCUAUUGGUUAUUCAACAUCAAGUGGAAUGACUUGUAAGAAGUGUAGAUAUGGAUUUAAUUCUGAUGGAAGUUGUAUUGUUGCAUCAUCAACAGAUGUUAAUAAUUGUGCUCUUAUUUCUCCCAAGAGUAAAUAUUGCCUAAGAUGUAACACUGGGUAUUAUAUGGACAAAGGGGAGUGCUAUCCAUGUCAACUAAAUUGUCUAACUUGUGAUUCAAAACAAUGUUUUAUUUGUGAAGAUGAAUACAUAAAUGAUAAAUCAGAUAUUAAUAAAUGUAUUCAAGAUAUCAAAGUAUGUUCUUUUUCAAAGAAUAGUAUUUGUUUGAAAUGUCCUCAGGGAAUGAUGAUAGAUAAUGACCACACACGUUGUUCUACAUCAUGUGGGAAUAAUUGUUAUUCAUGUCUCGAUGGGUUAUCCUGUGAUAUUUGUGAUAUAAGUGUUAAUGCAAUUAAAAGUUCAACAACAUGUGAUGUUCCUUCUAAUUCAAUUAGUGUAAGUAAUUCAGGAAUUAUUCAAUGUUCUCCAGGAUAUUAUUUAUCAGAAAGUUCUACAUGUGUUUCCUGUAGUUCUGGUGGAUUACAUUGUAUGACUUGUUAUUCAGUUUCUAAUAAUGUUUUUUGUAGUAGUUGUGUUGAUGGUUAUAUCAUGACAACUAGUGGGGUGUGUGUUUCUAAAGAAUCAGUUUCAUGUAGUGUAGUGUCAAAGUCCACUUGUUUGAGUUGUGAUGAUUCAUCUAAAUAUUUUAAUGGAAAGGGGUGUGUUAGUGGAACAGAGCAUUGUUUAAAAACUAACAAUGAUGGAACAUGUGUUGAGUGUUUGUUCUCAGAAACAGAAGAAAAAUAUUACUUAUCAACAGACUCUGAUGGGAACACAAUAUGUUCAGAACAAAAUGACAAUUUUUGUUCCUUAUAUACAAAAAGUGUAUGUCGAAGUUGUGUUGAUGGAUAUUACAAUAAUCAAAACAAGUGUUUACCAUGUAAUGCUACUUGUUCUAAAUGUGUUAAUUCAAAAGACUCAUGUUAUGAAUGUCAAUCUGGAUAUAUUCUUCAAGGAGAAUCAUGUAUUGUCUCCGAAACUACAAAUUGUAAGAUGAUGUUAAUAAGUGAAAGUUCUCAACAAUGUGCUAUUUGUAAUGAUGGAUAUUAUAGAGAUGGAAAAGUAUGUUCAAAAUGUAUUGAAAAUUGUGUUUCAUGUGCAAAUGCAAAUGGUUGUUUAAUGUGUAUAGACAAUUAUUAUUUUGAUAUAAAAACACAAAAAUGUCUUUCCACAAGUUUACUUUCUAAUUGUGAGACUACAAAUAGAUUUGGAUGUGAAGUAUGUGAAGAUGGAUAUUUCUUAAAUAGUUACACAUGUUUAUCUUGUGAUAAAAGAACUGAUGAAUGUAUUAGUUGUAAUAAACAAAAUGGAAGAUGUAAUUUAUGUAAUAAUGAUUAUAUUUUAGAUGUUGACUACAAAUGUAGUCAUUAUUCACAAUUCUCUCAUUGUGUUAGUGCUCGUAAUAAUAUGUGUAGUAAAUGUGAUUUCUGGUACUCAGUUGAUGUUGAUGGAAAAGAGUGUAAGAGUUCACCAGUUUGGUGGGUUAUUGUAUUGGUUAUUAUUGGAGGGAUAGUGUUAACAGUGAUAACAAUAAUAAUAUUACUAGUGUUUAUUAGAAUUAUUAUUGGUAAAGCUACAAAGUAUUCUCAAAAUAAAAAACAAGGUUCAAAUACAAUUUUCAAUAUUAAAUAUUCAAAUUCACUUUGGAUAAAAGCAGAUAAUUCAAAUUCAAUUAUUGUUAACCAAAAAGUAAUUCAGUAUGAAGAUGAAAUGACAGUAGCUUCAGAGAAUCGAGCACUGUUUUGUAUUGGUAAUAUUUCUCAUAGUACAAAGAAAGUUCAAUUUACACAUAAUAAUUCACAAGAAAUAAAUUUAAAUAUAAAAGUUAAUCCUGAGUGUGUCGUUUUACAAAAUGGUCAAGGGUGUGAAUUUGAAUUAAUAAUUAACCCAUUGUGUAAUCUUACAAUAGAUGAUACUCUUUCUUUUAUAAGUUAUGAUUUUAAAUCAAAUAAAACUGAAGUAUUUAAAAUUCCUAUUCAAGGAAAAACUAAAUACUCACCAAGACUUAAUCCAAAUGAAAUUAUUUCAGAGAAAGUUAUUGGAGAAGGAUCAUUUGGUAUAGUUUUUAAAGGAAAAUAUAGAGGAACUACUGUUGUUAUUAAGAAAUUUAAAAAUAUGGGAGAUGAGUCAUUAAAGGAAUUUGAAAAAGAGGUUACAAUGUUAGAUAAGUUUAGGUGUGAUUAUGUUGUUUAUUUUUACGGAGCUGUAUUUGUACCAAACAAGAUUUGUAUUGUAACUGAAUUUGCACAAUUUGGGUCAUUAGAAGAUUUAAUGAAGAAAAAAGAUGAAAGUGAAGUAUCUAUGAAAUUAAGAAUUAAAUUUAUGUUAGACAGCAUUAAAGGUAUUGAAUAUCUUCAUUCAAAUGGAAUAUUACAUAGAGAUAUUAAACCUGGUAACAUCUUGGUAUUUUCUUUGGAUGUUACCGUUGAUAUAAAUUGUAAAUUAACAGACUUUGGAGCAUCAAGAAACAUUAAUAUGUUAAUGACUAAUAUGACAUUUACCAAAGCAAUUGGAACACCAAAGUAUAUGGCACCAGAAAUAUUAAAUAAAGACCAUUACAAAACAAUGGCCGAUAUUUAUUCAUAUGCAGUAACAAUGUAUGAAUGCUUUAAAUGGGGAAGUGCUUUUACGUCAAAUAUUAAACCAUGGUGUAUUUGUGAUAUGAUUAGUUCAGGAGAACGACCAUCCCUAGAAUGUAUCAACGAUAAAAAUUUACAAUCACUAAUUCAAGAGUCUUGGGUGCAACGACCUGAUAAAAGAUUAAGUUGUUCAGAAAUCAUAAGUAGAUUAACAAAAAUCUUGGAACAACUAAAUUAA